CAGAUCGAGCCAUGGCGGCGGCGGAGGAAGCCAUGGCGCCGGCGCAGAUCGACGUGAGGAUGGACGUGGCGCUGCUCCACUGCCAGGCAUGCCUCCUCCCCCUCAAGCCCCCGUGUUCAGGGACUUCGGCUGGGACCUACCACGGCGUGGCGGAGCACAAGCGCGUGUGCCCGUGGAUACCCUGCUCGUGCCCGCAGCCGGACUGCGCCUUCCUCGGCCCCCCGGCAGCGCUCCUGCAGUGCAAGCCCCUCGUCGAGCUCGAGGCGCAUGACGACUAUGGCAAUUGGCGCCAAAUCCCGGCUUUCACUGGAACAUGUGUGAAGAAAUGCCUGUCACCUAGUACUUCGAGCCGGUGGCCACCUUCUUCUUCACCCAGAAGAAGGAUAAUGAGAUGUUGAAGCGGCAUAGUGAAUCCAUGAGACUGUAGUGCAAUUACACCGUUCCAUUGAAUAUUACUCAGGAAUAAGGACAUUUCAAUGGCAGAAUUUUUUCUUUUCAUUUUUCUUACUAUUGGAGUGAGGAUAGGUAGAAUGAGAAA